GUCAAGGUCCAUCCAGCCGCCUCCCCUUGCCCCCCCUGGCCGUCAUGAAUCGACUAGGCAGACUGUCUUUGCAGCUGCCGCCCUCGGUAUGUCUAUUCUGCCAGAGUCGCUCCGCUUUGGCUCCGUCCCUGUUCGGCUCUCAGUCCGUUCGUACCAUUGCCGGCGGCCGUCGCCGCAGAGAGGUUGCUCGCAAAGCGCUCUCCGCCGAUGUGAGCAAGUCGUCCUUGCAGCAGGAUCGGUCAAAAAAUGAGAAACGCGGCCCGUUUGCGGGAAUGAAUCAGACCGAGGCGCGCUUUCGCGAUGCUCCUCGACCACGAUCCGCCGCCGCUCUAAAACGAUCGGGAGAGCCUGAAAGCAAGACUCAAAAAAGCGACAGUCCGCUAUACAAAGCCUUGAAGAUGCAAACGACAUUAGCCCCGAUUACCUAUGGCCGUCGGACGGCGAUCAAAGCGAAGCUCGCAGAAAUAACCAGUUUCGACCACUUCCCUCUUCUGCCCGUUGUUCGACACUCGAUUUUCUCCCAGGCCCUACCGGGUCAGAUUGACGUCACUCCGACUCCGAUCCAACGGUUGGCGAUACCCGAGCUCCUCAGGGACGUGGAAGAGGAUGUCAAAUCACAACGCAAGAAUGAUACCGAGCCGCAGUAUGCCCAAUAUCUUCUGGCCGCCGAGACCGGGUCCGGAAAAACACUGGCCUACCUCGUCCCCUUGGUCGAUGCCGUCAAGCGCCUGGAGGCGCAAGAUAAAGAACUUGAAGCGCUUGAGCAGGAGAAACAGAAGAAAGAAAGGGAGGAACGGCUGAAGAACCAGGCCUUCGAUGUUGAACCCGAGCUUCCCCCGCUCUCGAACGCUGGGAGACCUCGAGUCAUCAUCCUGGUGCCCACGGCCGAGUUGGUGGCCCAAGUGGGUGCCAAGGUGAAAGCAUUCUCGCACACGGUCAAGUAUCGUUCGGGAAUGAUAUCAUCUAAUCUGUCGCCUCGCCGUAUCAAGAACAUUCUCUUCAACCCGGAUGGAAUCGAUAUUCUCGUCACCACUCCCCACCUCCUCGGAUCAAUCGCCAAGACUGAGCCGUACGUGCUCAGCCGCGUCAGCCACUUGGUCCUCGACGAGGCCGACUCACUCUUGGACCGGUCCUUCCUGCCAACUACCACAGAUGUCAUCAGCAAGACCGCACCGUCCCUACGCAAGCUCAUUCUGUGUUCGGCCACCAUUCCUCGCAGUCUCGACAACCUUCUGCGGAAGCGCUACCCGGACAUCAAGCGGCUCACCACGCCCCAAUUGCAUGCCAUUCCGCGUCGCGUGCAGCUGGGAGUGGUGGAUAUCCAGAAGGACCCCUACCGCGGCAACCGCAACCUGGCCUGCGCGGACGUGAUCUGGUCCAUCGGCAAGGCCGGCGACAGCGAGCCUGCAGGACCGUUCGCAUCGUACACCGGGCCGAACGUCAAGAAGAUUCUAGUGUUCGUUAACGAGCGCGAAGAGGCCGACGAGGUGGCCAAUUUCCUCCGAUCUAAGGGCAUCGACGCCCAGUCGCUCUCGCGAGACUCAAGCGCCCGCCAGCAGGAGGAGAUCCUCGCCGAAUUCACCGAAACCCGCCCUCCCCCGAGCCCCGAGGAGAUCAUGCUCGCUCAGAAGCGCCGCCGCGAGGAGGAGGCCAUCCCAUUUGAGAUGCCGCGGGCCCCCACUUCGGACAGAAGCCGUCAGCUGCCCAACACCAAGGUGCUCGUCACCACGGACAUCGCGUCUCGCGGCAUCGACACCCUCGCUGUCAAGACCGUCAUUCUCUACCAUGUUCCCCACACGACCAUCGACUUCAUCCACCGUCUAGGCCGUCUGGGCCGCAUGAACAAGCGAGGUCGCGGAAUCGUCCUCGUGGGGAAGAAGGACCGCAAGGAUGUGGUGAAGGAGGUGCGCGAGGGUAUGUUCCGGGGACAGGCUCUCAUUUAGAGCUCUGCCCAGUGGGCAUUAUCCUGAUGAAUCUAUCAAACAAUAUCACAUAUCAGGCGCCGGGAACGACUGCCUCGGGCGUAUGUAUUUUCAUGUACAACAGAUCUCACGAUGUAUAUUAUCUAUCAUAUCCACCAUAUUGUACCAUAAACCCGCAGAUACUGCAGUAUAGACAUUUCAUUC